AUGUCCCGUCCAAUAUACAUUGGGAACGAAGAAAUUUUGUAUACGGGGCCGUUAGAUAAUACUGAGCUAGACAAUCCGUACAAUAUGAAGAAUUUAGUGAAGGAUAUUAAGAUAACGGGAGUGCAGACGAGCACCGUGCGAAAACUUUGUAUAUCUGCAGUAAUGCUGGCCAAUAUCAUCACGAACGUACCACCUUCAUAUCAGUCUGCUCUGGUCGUCAAAACGGAAGUUAAAGACGAAAAUGGAGGCUUAGCGAAACAAGCUCUUUAG